AUGGCUAACAUCGAGAAAACUGCAAUUUUGCAAAAGUAUUUGGACCUCGACCAAAGAGGUGCCAUCAUCGCCGAGUACGUCUGGAUCGACGGUACCGGUAAUGUGCGUUCCAAGGGCCGUACUUUGCGCAAGGCCAUCCGCACCGUUGACGAGCUUCCAGAAUGGAACUUUGACGGUUCCUCCACCAACCAGGCCCCAGGUCACGAUUCCGACGUGUACUUGAAGCCUGUUGCUUUCUACCCUGACCCAUUCAGAAAGGGCGACAACAUUUUGGUUUUGGCUGAAUGUUGGAACAACGACGGUACCCCAAACAAGUUCAACCACAGACACGAAGCCCACAAGCUUUUCGAGGCCCACAAGGAUGCUGACAUCUGGUUCGGUUUGGAGCAAGAAUACACCCUAUUUGACGAAUUCGACAACGUCUACGGCUGGCCCAAGGGCGGUUUCCCAGCUCCACAAGGCCCAUACUACUGUGGUGUCGGUGCUGGUAAGGUCUACGCCAGAGAUGUGAUCGAGGCCCACUACAGAGCCUGUUUGUACUCUGGUAUCACCAUCUCCGGUAUCAACGCCGAAGUUAUGCCUUCUCAAUGGGAAUUCCAAGUUGGUCCAUGCCCAGGUGUUAACAUGGGUGAUGAACUAUGGAUGGCCAGAUAUCUACUUUCCAGAGUCGCCGAAGAAUUCGGUGUCAAGAUCUCCUUGCAUCCAAAGCCUUUGAAGGGAGACUGGAACGGUGCUGGUUGUCACACUAACGUUUCCACCAAGGAUAUGAGAAAGCCAGGUGGUAUGAAAUACAUCGAAGAUGCCAUCGAGAAAUUGUCCAAGAGACACGCCGAGCACAUCAAGUUGUACGGUGCCGAUAACGAGCAAAGAUUGACCGGUAGACACGAAACUGCCUCUAUGAGCAACUUCUCUUCCGGUGUCGCCAACAGAGGUGCUUCCAUCAGAAUUCCAAGAUCUGUCGCCAAGGAAGGUUACGGGUACUUCGAGGACCGUAGACCAGCCUCCAACAUCGACCCAUAUUUGGUUACCGGUAUCAUGUGUGAAACCGUCUUGGGCGCCAUUGACAACGCCGACAUGACCAAGGAAUAUGAAAGGGAAUCCUCAUGA